GCCAACAGACCUGGAAGAAAGACUGUUUUGGAGCUAACUCCUGAGCAUUUUGAGAUCAUUCAUCAUGAAGUAUGUAGUGAAGGAAUGGCUCAGAGUAACUACCUUGCUAUUCAUAGCUCAAGUAGUUUCUGCAGUGGUUCUUCCCAAUGCCACACUCUUAGAGAAACUUUUGGAAAAGUACAUGGAUGAAGAUGGUGAGUGGUGGAUCGCCAAGCAGAGAGGGAAAAGGGCUAUCACAGACAGUGACAUGCAAAGUAUCUUGGAUCUUCAUAAUAAAUUACGGGGUCAGGUGUAUCCACCAGCUUCCAAUAUGGAAUAUAUGACGUGGGACACAGAACUGGAGAGAUCUGCAGAAUUGUGGGCUGAAGCCUGUCUAUGGGAGCAUGGACCUGCAAGCCUUCUUCCAUCAAUUGGACAGAAUUUGGGAGCACACUGGGGAAGGUACAGACCUCCAACAUUUCAUGUCCAAGCAUGGUAUGAUGAAGUGAGAGAUUUCUCAUAUCCCCAUCCUCAUGAAUGCAACCCGUAUUGUCCCUACAAAUGCUCUGGUCCUGUUUGUACACAUUAUACACAGGUUGUUUGGGCUACAAGUAGCAGAAUUGGUUGUGCAAUUAAUUUGUGUCAUAACAUGAACAUUUGGGGGCAGAUUUGGCCGAAAGCAGUCUAUCUUGUAUGCAAUUAUUCUCCUAAGGGUAACUGGUGGGGUCAUGCACCUUAUAAACCUGGCCGCCCUUGUUCUGCAUGUCCUCCUAGUUUUGGAGGAGGUUGUAGAGAAAAUCUGUGUUACAGAGAGUAUUCAGAAAGGCCUUAUUCUCCCCAUGAACCAGAAGAGGAAACGAAUGAGAUUGAACAGCAGCGGUCCAAAGCCCAGGAUGCAGUGGCACAAAGCCAGCCAAGAACUCGUUUACCUUCCAGCUCCACAGCCACUGAUGACAGUGAGAAGAAUGAAGUAAUAAGCACACAGCAAAUGUCUCAGAUUGUUUCAUGUGAAGUGAGGCUAAGGGAUCAGUGCAAAGGAACAACUUGCAAUAGGUAUGAAUGUCCUGCUGGCUGUUUGGAUAGCAAAGCCAAAGUUAUUGGAAGUGUACAUUAUGAAAUGCAAUCCAGUAUUUGUAAAGCUGCCAUACAUUAUGGCAUCCUAGACAAUGAAGGUGGUUGGGUUGAUGUCACUAGGCAAGGAAGAAAAAAUUACUUUAUCAAGUCUUACAGGAAUGGCAUUCAGUCAGUUGGAAAAUACCAGUCUGCGAACUCCUUCACUGUCUCAAAAGUAACAGUUCAGGCUAUCACCUGUGAAACAACAGUGGAACAACUGUGCCCAUUUCAAAAACCAGCCUCACACUGUCCAAGGAUAUAUUGUCCUCAUAACUGUAUGCAGGCAAAUCCACACUAUGCUCGUGUAAUUGGAACACGAAUUUAUUCUGAUCUCUCCAGCAUCUGCCGGGCCGCAGUACACGCUGGUGUAGUCCGCAACCAGGGCGGUUAUGUUGAUGUUAUGCCAGUAGACAAAAGAAAGGUGUAUGUUGCUUCCUUUCAAAAUGGGAUAUAUUCAGAAAGUUUACAGAAUCCUCCAGGAAGCAAGGCAUUCAGAGUAUUUGCUGUUGUUUGAGUCUAGCAGAUAAUAUGUAAAUCACAUGAAUGAAACCAGAGCACUUGGAAGAGAAUAAUAAGGGUCAAUUCUUAUAAUUCCUAAAAUUUGUAUAAAGCUGUAACAUUAUUGUACAGAAGUUGUAUGCUGCUUUCCACCAAAAAGUUUAGAUUGCGUAUAUAUCUUAAUGAAAACUGUAAAAGUAAACAUGGGAGAAAAAUUAAUUUUAAAAUCUAUAAUUAUAUGUACCAAUAUUUUGAAUCCUGUGUUAAAUAUUGCUAUAUUUUCUUAGCAGUUACUCCUAUACAGUUAAUACAAAGCUCAUAAAUGUUCUUUGUUUUCUUCAUCUGAAAAUAUUAUUGUAUGGUGCUUUAUAUAUGCCACUAACAGUAACCUUAAAACUAUACCAUAGGUAGGCCUGAGUUUUUAUUUUCAACGUAAUAAAAAGAAGCCAUACAAAUAAAUCAAUAUAAUAAAUCAUGCUUUAAGAUAAGAUAAAAAUGUAUAUAACUUUUUGACAACUUAAAGUAUCAUUAGCCAUGCAAAUCUAAAUGAAGAGCUAGACUAUUUUCAGUUUCACAGUAAUCAUAACAAAGACAAAUAGCUGGUUUUACGUAAA